CUAUUUAGUCCUAAUUACAAUAAAAAGUAACAAUUAAAUAAAGAAAAAGUGAAGUUGAAGCAUCGCUGUCUUGUAGAUUACUUAGUGACAACAAAUAAUAAACGGGUAUCCAUAAAGUUAAGUAGGAGGGAUCAGUUUCAUUUCUUGUCUUUCGGCGGCUUCACUUCAUUUUAUAUCGUCUCUUAUCAACCAAGCAAUUAUAAAUAUCGACUAUAAAAAUUACUGUAAUACAAAACUUACAAUUAAGAAAAAAAAAAAAAAAAAAAAAAAACACUAUUGUUAUUGAAACUUUUACGAUGAAUAUUCGAUUCAAUAAAUUUCUAAGUUUAGUGAUAAUUUUAUCUCUGGGAUUCAAGGCAAUCAACAGUGAAGAUCAAGGCUUAAGCUAUGAUUCAGAUAAUCUAACGCUAACAGAAAUUAAAAAUUGUUCUAAUGAGCGUUCCGUCGAAGACUUUCCAGAAGAUUUUUUUACAACAGAUCAACUGCAGCAUGGAGCUGCUUUGCUGCAUACACUUUUUGGAUUUUAUUGUUUUUUAUUAACUGCAUACGUAUGCAAUGAUUAUUUACUACCGGCGCUUGAUAUUAUUUGCGCGGAAUUAAAAAUAAGUGCCGAUGUUGCGGGCGCGACAUUUUUGGCUACCGCUAGUUGUUUUCCCGAAUUAUUCGUCAAUGUUGUCGGUACUUUUUUGACGGAAUCUGACCUAGGAGUCGGUACUGUUGUAGGAGGUGCUGUUUUUAAUACAUUUGCUACACCGGCUUUUGGCGCUUUAUCAGCAGCGCAGGGAAUUCAAUUAGACGGGUGGAUUUUGUCACGUGAUUGCAUUAUUUACAUCAUAUCUGUAAGUGUGCUCGUAAUCGUAAUGUGGGAUGCACGUGUUACUUGGUACGAAGCUAUGAUUUUAAUGAUACUAUUUACAGCGUACUUCGCUUUAUUGUUUUUAAAUAAAUUUGUUAUAAAGUUUUCGAAAAAUGUUAAAGAGUAUUUUAGUAAAAAUUCAUCGCUUGCCGUUAAAACUGAAUCUAAAAUAAACAAAGAAAUGUUAAAUGGAUCUUACAAGCCAUUUGUACACGGUGAAAUGAAAAUAGAGUACAGAAAAAGUAUACAGAUUACUAGAAAAAAAGAAGUUGAAAAUGGUAUUUGUAAUGCUGAUGCUAUUGAAAAACUUGAAGAGUAUAUUGAGCCAGAUACUCCAUUUGUUUGGCCGAGCGGAAGUUUUCUAAAAAAAUUCUGGUUUUUAUUGACAUGGCCAGCAAAACUAAUUUUAUUCGUAACGAUACCAGACACUCGGUAUAAAAAGUUUCAUAAGUGGUAUCCGAUAACUUUCAUAAUGUGCAUUAUGUGGAUAGCCAUAUCGUCUUAUCUAGUCAGCUGGAUGAUGACUGUUGUCGGUGAUACCCUCGGUAUAUCUGAUUCUAUUAUGGGUAUAACACUUUUAUCUGCCGGAGGUAACAUGCCUGAACUAGUAUCCAUUGUUAUUCUUUCCCGCCAAGGAAAUGGAGAUAUGGCGAUGAGUAACACACUCGGAGCUAACACGCUGGAUAUUUUACUGUGUUUGGGCUUACCGUGGAUGAUCAAAACUAUUAUGACAGGAAGCGAUGUCGUAAUAGAAUCGGGUGCCAUCGCUUACAGUGUUAUGUCGAUAAUUGUCUGUGUUGUGGGAUUUUUUGGUGUCACUGCCUUCUACAAGUAUCAGUUGAACCGCAAAGUUGGAUACGCUUGUCUUGUUAUGUACGUACUUUUUUUGACAUUUGCUAUCCUCAUGGAGACUGAUAUUAUUUUUUCAACUAGUCGAUGUAUAACUAAUGAUAAUAUGUUAUAGAAAAAAUAUACAAGUUAGAUUUUUAUAUUGAAAUUAACAGACAUUUGUCAAUUUUUCGGAUUUCCAUAACUAAAUUGUUGUG